GGGCGUGGGAGAGGGCGAGGGGGAGGUAGAGGAAGGGGGAGGUGGUCAGGUUGCAACCGAUACUGGAUGGAUUAUCAGACUCCACCAGCUAGCGUCGGCGCAACGGCCCAACCUCCGAAUCCAUCCCCUGCCCCGCCGAUGACGGCCCCACCAACAGGAUACCCGCCGGUGACGGCCCCACCGACAAGAUAUCCUCCAUAUCCUUACGGAUGGGCUCUCCCGCUGGCGCAGCCUGCACCACCUCCUACAUGGCAGUACGGGCAGCAGAACCAGAACUACACUCCGGCUCCGCGACAAAACCAAUCUGCAAAUUCUUUUCCAGGACCUGGCAAUAGAGCAUGGUUCACUAGGGAGCAUCUGGAACUUAUUGAGAAAUGGAAGAAUCGGGACAUUCUUGACGAAGCUAAGAAGAAAACUGAGGAUUCCGGCGAGUGUAGCAAGAGCGUGGCGACGAAGAAGGCGAAAGGGAAAGCCAAGGCCUCUACGGACUAUGGCGAGCAGUGUCUGAAGAAUUGGCUGGCCUCGAAUUUUGGCCCGUCACUGAAGAGGAUCUUUGGCAAAUUGGAUGCGGUUGAUAAGAAGAAUAAGGAAGCCGACAUCGAACGUGACAAAGUGAUUAAGAGGCUCGCCGAUCUCGAGGCCGGAAAUAAGAAUCCAAACGGAGAAGGAGGGAGUAAUGAAAAGCGUAAGAGGAUCGUUGGAGCGAAUUCGCCAAUGGCAAAGAGACAGAGAUCGAGAACCCGUUCUCGCAGUCGGGGUAUCAAGAUGCGCCAGCCUAGUAUACUGGUCUCAUCUGAUGAGGAGGGUAAAGCGAAGGAACCACAAGGGGCGACGAUCGAAGGCGACCCGGAAGGAACGAAGAAAGCAAGCGAGAGCGCAGUAAAGUUGGAGGACGUGAUGAAGAUGCUGGUUGUCAUCGCUGGCAAGGAGAACGUAGACAACGCGAAUGAUGGGACAAAGGGUGAGAUGUCUGGCACGGCUAAGUCGAGCGCAGUGCACAACGAGGUGGCUACGAACGAGGAAGAGAGCGAGAAUUCAAAAGACGAUGGGUGCAAACUCAAGGUGAACAAAGCUAGCGGCGUCAGUGGUGGGAAGAAUGAGGUCGGGAUCGUAGAGUAUAUGCGACAAAGGCUCGACCAUUAUAUGAAAAUGAAUGGGAGGAAGUUAAAAAGUUUGUGUGCUAAGCGGAACGUAAAAUGGGAACGCAAAGACAAGGGGGCCUGUGAACUUGCGAAGCAGGACACUGACGAGUUCACGAAGUUGAUUAAUGGAGACGACGAGUUAACUGGUGACGAUGAAUCUGACUCUGGUACUGAACAUGCUGGAUCGGAGGAAGAGGAUGGGUCAGACGGGGUACCGGGGAACUAGUUCCCUCGAGACGGAGCCUAUUGCGUU